AUGACUCGCACAUUGGCUAUUCUCACCCUCGACGGCAAAAACAUCGCGUUUUCUCAACCCAACGACCGUUGGCGAAAGUUGCGACGCCUGGCGACGCUCCACCUUCUCUCAGCGAAGAAAUUGCGGGAGAGCCUGCCUGUGCGAGAGGGGGAGAUUCGCGACAUGCUCGACGAGAUCGCUGCUGACGCAGCCGCAGCAGAUGCGACUAAAAUGGCCCUCGAAACGGGAGGCGGUGCGAAAUCUGCAGCCACUGUGACGGUCGACGAGGGUAUAGAGCUGCGAAAGUAUUUAAAUCGGGUUACCCUAAACAACAUCAUGCGCUUGACCGUCGGGAAACGCUUCAGCUAUUCCUCCAUUCGCGGCGCAGCCGGCGACACGCCAAAGGCGGUUCUCGACGCUGCGAUGAAGAUCGACUGGAACGAGCGCAUCGCCGCAAGAACCGGCGAGAUGGGGAUUCGGGAACUGAAGGCUUCAGCGGCGGAAGGUAACUCUUCCAAGUUAUCCUCCCUGACAGAAGAGGAGGAGGGAGAGUUGGCGUUUGCGAUAAUCGAAGAGACUUUUGCUCUUGUAGGAGCAUUCAAUCUCGCGGAUUACGUGCCGUGGCUGAGCUACUGGGACCCGCAGCGCAUAUACGCGCGCAUUGAACGUCUGACCCCGCUGCUGCACGGAUUUCUGCGCGCGUGCAUCGAGGAGAGACGGCAGCUGCUGAAGAAGGCACCACCGUCUGAAGCUGCUCUUGUUGAUGCUUUGUUCGAGAUUGAAGGGGAAGGGGAGGAUGAGAUGGAUAAUGACGAGAUGCUGAUGCUCGUGUUUGAAUUGAUGAUGGCGGGGACUGAUACCAUGACGGUGACGCUGGAGUGGGCGCUUGCUGAGCUGGCGAAGCACCCGGACAUGCUGGAGAGGGUGCGCGCUGAGGUGGAUACGGCAUAUGCCAGGUCAGCAAGUGCAGAAGCCGAAACUGGGGCGGCUGAAGCAGGAGGAACGGAUUUCACGGCCUCUCUUCCGGUAGCGGAAAUGCCGUAUCCGCAGGCUGUUUUAAAAGAAACACUUAGGCAUCACACUACGGCCCCGAUCCUCAUUCCCCACAUGACAAGUGAUAGCGUAACUCUAGGUGGUUACCACAUCCCUCCCAACACCAUGAUCCAGAUUAACGCGUGGGCUCUCGCGCACGAUCCAACGGUCUGGAUCAACCCGCACGAAUUUGACCCCUCCAGAUUCCUUGGCCCUGACGCCCCUGAUGUGACCGGGCAGAAUUUCAGCCUGCUGACCUUUGGUUCGGGCAGACGCGGAUGCCUUGGGUUAAACUUGGGAAUGGACCUUUCUGCCCGGCUGCUGGCGAAUUUUGUUCGCCGGUUUGACAUUGAGCUGCCCGAAGACGUGCGGGCAGCUGGGGGUGCAGACAUGACGGAACAUUUUGCGCUGACCGCAAUGCUGGCAAAGCCUCUUAGAGUGGUGUUGAGGGAGAGGAAGGGAGUGGCAGGGGCGGUGGUGGCUGAUGCGGGUGCUUGA